AGCCCUAGAUCCAAGGAGGGAGGAAGGGGGAGAGAGAGAGAGAGAGAGAGAGAGUAAUUUGCUCCUCCAUUUGCAAACUCUUCCCCCCACCUCCUCUCUCCCAACGCGGUGAAACCCCAUUGACAAAAUCAACCCAACACCCACCCAGAAACCAAGCACAAAUUUCUGGGAAAAAAGCUGCUUCCCUUUCCCCCAUCUGCCAUCUAAUUCGAUUGUCCCACUGCAUAAACAUUCAUGUCCCACUGCAUUAACUUUCAAUUGGAGUAUAGUAUUUGCUUGUACUAUCAAUCAACAUCCACACAUUCCAUCUCUGUCUCUCCUCUCUCUCUCUCUCUCUCUCUCUCUCUCUCUCUCUCUCUCCUCAAUGGGUUACCUAACUUGCAACGCCGAAUCAGCAAUCUCAGUGUCCAAUCCCACCGCCAAAACCAAAACCCACCAGAAAAAACCAAAUCAAAGCCCAAACCCAGCACCAAUCAAGCUCCAGCACUUCGACUACACCGACCUGGAAGUCGCCACCAACGGCUUCUCCGACGAGAAGCUCCUGGGCAAGGGCAGCCACGGCCUCGUCUACAAGGCCGUACUCCCCAACGGCCGCCACGUCGCCGUCAAGAAAUCCUCCAACACCCACUCCGAGGCCAACAACGAGAUCGAAAUCCUGUCCAAGCUCCACAGCCCAAGACUCGUGAACUUGCUCGGCUUCACCCCCGAAGACUCCGAUAGCAGUAACAGAACUAGUAACCGACAACAGCGGCUCCUGGUGGUGGAGCUGAUGAGCAACGGGACGCUGUACGACGCGCUGCACGCGAGCCCCCGGCCGCCCAAUUGGGGCCGGAGGAUCAGGCUCGCCGUGCAGACGGCGAAGGCGGUCGACACCCUCCAUUCGUGUACGCCGCCGGUGAUCCACAGGGAUAUAAAGUCGGCCAAUCUCCUGAUCGAUAAGAAUUUCAACGCGAGGUUGGGCGAUUUCGGGCUGGCCCUGCGGUGCCACGUGGACGAUUUCCGACUCCGGUCGACUCCGCCGGCAGGUACUAUGGGAUAUCUUGACCCUGGCUAUGUGACUCCUGACAAUUUGAGUACCAAAACUGAUGUGUUUAGCUUUGGUAUACUACUAUUGGAGAUAAUCAGUGGUAGGAAGGCAAUCGACAUCGGCCAUUCGCCUCCUUCGAUUGUGGAUUGGGCUAUUCCUUUGAUUAGGAGAGGGAAGCUUUUGAGUAUUUACGAUCCGAGGAUUGAGCCUCCCAGGGACCCUACGGUGAGGAAGCAACUGGCAGUCAUAGCGGCCAAGUGUGUGAGGUCUUGUAGAGAGAGGAGGCCGUCGAUGAAGGAGGUUGUGGAGUGUCUUGAGAGGUUCAGUAAAUUAGUUCCUCUUCAUUCGUGGAAUGGGUUAGGUAAUCCUUGCUUGAUGGUUGAGGCAAUCGGGCAGCCAGUUGCAUCCGCGAAUUCCCAGAUGAAUGCCAGGCCAAAGGGUUCUGAGGAACGCCAUACUGACGGUGUGGAUGCUAAGAGCGCUAGGCCGUUGAGGAUUUCACGGAGAGUGUACUCUGAUUUGGGUGUGAGGAAUAAUUUGAUGGAUCUCAUGGCUGGAACUGAUGGGAACUCUGGACAUCGAGGCGAGGCUAAUGGGGUCGAGCCUAAACUGAAAUCUGCUAAUGGGUGGUCUAGUCUUAGGAUUGGAAGUGGAAGAUUUGUAGGCGGAGGGAGAUCUUGGCUAGGUAACGAUGAUGAUGGGAGUGUCUUUCGCUUGCGGCGAAAUCAUUCAGUUGGGGAGACUGCAUAUGUAUGUUCUAGAAGAGAUGAUACGGUUUCAUAAUCGAGUUUUUUCCCCCCGAGGCAGCUGAUUGUCGCUAGUUUGUUGUAAAACUCUGUUUGGAGGUUUCAUUUGAGGUCUUCUGCUGAUCUGACAACCAAGCGAAGCUCAAGCAUGUGUAAGCUUCAUUUGCUUACAGAUCACACGGAUGUACACUACCCUACAGUAUUCAUUCAAUUGAUUUCAAUGUGUCCGGAAUUUGUUAAUCCCUUGUGUAGCUGAAGUGCACAUUUGAUCGUGUACUUUCCACUUGCUGUUUCGUUUCAUCAUGUUAAGGGAAUAAGAGAACGUGUCUAGAUGCCUGCAAAGGCUCGAUCUCUCUCUUUUCCUUGUGUCCACAGUUCAUAGUUUGAUGCAUAAUUGAAGAGAUUUUGAUGCUGGAAA